AUGUCAUAUUGGAAGACUCCUGUAUCUAGCUCGACUGGCUCUUCGCUGUAUCCCGACUCUGCAGCCUCAGAAGGGCUCGUUCCUUACCCAUCACAUACACCCAAAUCCAAAUCUUCCCUGCUAGGCGGUCGAAAGUCUAAAGGCCGACCUCUCUAUCCUGCAGGAUGCUCUGACACCGCGAGCUACAGAAACGAUGACCUAAGAGCGUACUCGCCACCGCCACCACCCCCACCGAAGGAAAAGGUGGUCCCUUGGAUCAGCACACUCCCGACGUCCAGUAGCGAUUAUCUAUCGGCGAGCAUUCCACCGACACCCACCAGAAGCGCCUUGGACGUCUCGAAUCUGUCCUCCUUCCCUUUCACACUUCAAUUGACCGACCGUGGCUGUCUAGAAAACCUUCCAUCUUCUUGUCCUGCUCUAGGAGAAGACAUCAAAAGGCCUAGAACAGCCUCAAUACAUGCGACCAGCGUGCAGAUACCUUCGAUUCGAAGUCGAACGAAUGACCCCACAUUCCCGCGGCAUCACGACCAGGAGUCCCGGGUGCCCGUAGAGGAAGACAAAAAUUCCGCAAGGUCCUCACAGCGUAGGGUUCCGUUCAGACAAAGAAUUUGCGACUGGGCCUUGGAGAGAUACAUGCGAGACUUUGUUGGUUAUUAUGUCGUGUGCGCCGGUUGCGGGCAGAUAGUACACCACCAGGACUUUGAACACCACGAUGGCCACUGUCCGGAUAACAUGUAG